GAGGAGGCUCUACCGGCUUUCUGUACACAAAAGCCUCCCCACCUCCAGCGCGCCGCACGGUCCAGCAUCACCGCCCGCAACCCUUCGGCAGCAUGUAGCCGGGGAGAGGAUGCUCAUGUCCUGCACGUUGCCCUGAGGAGGGACUGUCAAAAGUGCAGUGGAUGCGAUUUAUUUUUGCCCGUAUCUGGAAAUUAACAACCGUUUUCAGGAGCGAUGCCGCACCGCCGACAUGAGUCCCGUUUCGUGUGACCCUACGAGGACAGGAGGGACAGUUUCCGCUCCGAUGCCCCACGGUCCGUCAUUCCUUCGUCCAGGACUCCGGGAGGAAGCUGGGAGACGUGUUCCUGAGGAGGACGCAGUCCUUUCAUCGCGCAGAGAUCCCGCACCGCUCCUCGCGGUUUGAGGACGGAUCCUUACUGUCAUCUCCGCUCAUCGAGCUUCCCUUCUGCGGGAGAAAUCAGCUGCGCUGUGUGCCGUCAGAAACACACGCUCUCACACUCUCGUACACUCACAUACGGACACACAGCACUGUACCCAUCCGGAUCUCCGUGGUGCUGAAGGGAGAGCGCACGUUGCCGUACAGUAAUGUGCUGACCGCGCGACGCUCUCUCCCGCACCACACACUCUAUGGCUCCAUAGUGAGUGUCAUAUCACCCCCAUGCUCUCAUGGCCGUGGCACGCAAAAUCAAAACUUUGCUGACUGUCAACAUCUUGGUGUUCGUGGGGAUUAUACUGUUCUCGGUGUACUGCAGAAUUCAGGAUCGCUCCGAAGAACUGGUGCAGGUGGGCAGGGGCUCAGAGUCGAGGAUCCGCGGCCGGAAUGGUAAAGUUGGCACCUUGGCGGAUAGACAGUCCAUACUUCAGAGGCUGGAGCAUCUGGAGGAUGUGGUCUACAAUCAGUUAAACGGUCUUGCUAAGCCCAUGGGCCUUGUGGAAGGUCCAGGAGGGCUGGGUCAGGGUGGUGCCGCUGCCACCCUGAGAGACGACAGCCAUGAGACGGAAGGGAAGUACGAGCAAUAUGGCUACAAUGGACAGCUGAGUGAUCGCAUCUCAUUGGACAGAACCAUCCCUGACUACAGGCCAAAAAAGUGCAAGCAAAUAACAUAUCCAGAUGACCUCCCUCAGAUUUCCGUAGUCUUCAUCUUUGUGAAUGAGGCCUUGUCUGUUAUCUUGCGGUCUGUUCAUAGUGUGGUUAACCACACUCCAGCACAUAUUCUCAAGGAGAUCAUUCUGGUGGAUGACAACAGUGAUAGUGUGGAGCUGAAGUUCAACCUGGACCAGUAUGUCAACAAGCGGUACCCUGGCUUAGUGAAGAUAGUGCGCAACAGCAAGAGGGAAGGCCUCAUCCGUGCUAGGAUACAGGGGUGGAGAGCAGCAACAUCCCCUGUUGUUGGCUUCUUUGAUGCCCAUGUGGAGUUCAACACUGACUGGGCAGAACCAAUACUGACCAGAAUUAAAGAGGAUCACACUCGCAUCAUCCUCCCUGCAAUAGAUAACAUCAAGUACAACACAUUUGAGGUGCAACAGUACGCCAAUGCAGCCCACGGCUAUAACUGGGGCCUCUGGUGCAUGUACAUCAUCCCACCGCAGGAGUGGCUGGACAAGGGAGAUGAAACAGCACCCAUUCGAACACCAGCAAUGAUUGGCUGUUCCUUCGUGGUGGACAGAGAAUACUUUGGAGAGAUUGGACUUCUGGAUCCUGGCAUGGAGGUCUAUGGAGGGGAAAACAUUGAACUUGGAAUGAGGGUAUGGCAAUGUGGUGGGAGCAUGGAGGUGCUGCCUUGUGCUCGGGUGGCCCACAUUGAGCGCACCAAGAAGCCCUACAACAACGACAUUGAUUACUACGCCAAACGCAAUGCCCUGCGUGCAGCUGAGGUCUGGAUGGAUGAGUACAAAUCUCAUGUCUACAUGGCGUGGAACAUCCCAAUGAGUAAUCCAGGAGUGGACUUCGGAGAUGUUUCCGAAAGGAUUGCCCUCAGAAAGAAACUGAACUGCCACAGUUUCCAGUGGUACCUGGAGCAUGUGUACCCUGAAAUGAGAGUUUACAACAAUACUAUCACCUAUGGUGAGGUGCGGAACAGCAAGGCUAGUGGCUAUUGUUUGGACCAAGGAUCAGAAGAUGAUGACAAAGCCAUCCUGUACCCUUGCCAUGGCAUGUCUUCUCAGCUUGCCCGUUACUCAACAGAAGGUCUCCUGCAAUUAGGACCACUAGGUUCAACUUCAUUUCUGCCUGACACAAAAUGUCUCAUAGAUGAUGGCAGAGGACGUACUCCAAGCUUGAAGAAGUGUGAUGCUGUUUCUCGAAUAUCUCAAAGGCUCUGGGAUUUCACACAGAAUGGGCCAAUUAUCAGCAGAGACACUGGGCGGUGCCUAGAAGUGGAAAUGUCAAAAGAUGCCAAUUUUGGCCUUCGGCUGGUGGUGCAGCGGUGCUCUGGGCAGAAGUGGAUGAUACGGAACUGGAUUAAACACCCGAGACAUUAGGACAGGUGGAGGGAGUUUUUCCCUCAUGAAACACAUGAAAUGGCUUUUAAAGAGGAAAGAAGCCAGAAAACAAACAAACAAAAAAAGGACCAUAUAAAGACAAUAUUUACUGUGUUUUCUGUCCCUAGAGGCAAAAGAUUUGGAACUACUGAAUCAUAACAUGAGACAAAUUAAUAAAUACACCUCCCAUGGGCUCAGUGUUCAGAAUAAACAUGCUAUAUUAUUUGAAUUUCUUGUGCAUUUCUAAGUAAAACCACAAUAACUGGAAUAUUCCUCACAAGUCUUAUGUGAAACAUCUUCUGAAAGCUGUGGUGCAACUGUAUGAUUCAAUAGAUCUGCAAAAAGAAGAAAAAAGUAUUAGGCAGUGGAAAUUUAUAAAUACAGACUGUACUUUUACAAAGAGACUUCUGACAUUAACUUUAUGCCAACUGGACCAUUUAUUUAAGACAAAGGCAAGGUUUUAUUCUUGUGUUUUUUUUCAGCUGAAUAACUGAUGCACAGCUUAGGAUUCCACAAUGUGCCUUUGUUCAUUAUUACUGUAUGCUUUGCCUGACCUGCGAAUGUUAAUCUCCACAAGCAUGUAAAAAUACUUUUAAGUGGGAAAAUGGAAUACAUUAAAAUAUAAACAUAUGUGUAGCCAUGACAUACUAUAUUAUAAGAAUUAAUUAACAAAAAGUCAUCACACACA